AAACUAUUUCGGAUUUCUCGGUUGUUAUUAUUGUGCAAUGUAUGGCGGUAAUUCUUGUUUUGUUUUGUUUCAUUUUAAAACAAAUUAGUGAUUAAUGAAGAGACUAUGAAGAGUUGACACAAUGAGCAGUAAAGGAGAAGAGCUUGGAAAAAUGCAUGGCUCUUCAGCACCAAACAUGAACAAUUCAAGUUCUCACUUAACGUCAAAAGUAACAGAAAGGAAGAAAGUUUAUCGCUCCAUAUUUGGACCUGAUGCCUCUUCGGAAUCUUCAGACACUGACCAGUCGAGUUACAGUACGGACACUGAUGGUAAAAUGUCAUCUCCGAUAAAAACUGGCAAAAAAUCUCCAAUUAGAUCUGGAGUGACAAACUCACCAUUUAAUGACGAAGCUAAAGUAGAUGGGGAGAUUAAGAAGGAUGUAGACAAAAGAAAUGAGAUGCAGACUAAUCAGAAUACUGUAGAGGAAUAUAAUACCAAAGAAAUUGAGAACAUUGGUACAAGUAAAGCUAUGCAAGAUGACAGCAUCUCGAAGGCGGAUAAAACACGGAAUGUUCAGAUAAAUGAAGGGCUAAAAUUAGGAGAAGUUAUACAGAUGGAAGGGUUCUUGUCACCAGAAGAGAAAGAAGCUGUAUCACAGCUGGCAUUAUCUCAAAUAGUGCAUGAACUUGAUAAACGAAGUAGUGUGGAACAAGACGGAAACAUGGGAACACAGUUGUAUACUGGUCCGUAUGGCAGAAUACAUUCUCCGUUCAAGAAAUAUUCAUCAUUCCAAGGGUUCCCAGGUGGUGUGAAAAGAAGUCCAAGAAAAAUGGUGGGUCCAGCUGCUAAGAGAACGAAACUGUUCCACAAAGACAGCGUUGAGUCAAGCAGUAGCGAGGCAUCUCCGAUAAAACAUAGGACUCCUCCUGACAAAAUUAUAACUACAACAGCAACAGGAAAUGAGGGAAGUGGUGACGAUAGUUCUGAUGACGACCAGUGGGAGAUUGUGGAUGAGGAACUUCCCACAGAGAUUGAUCAAGCUCUUGAGGACAAAUCUUCAAAGUUCUGCCUCUCUGUCGUGAACGUUAAAUCUAUUAUACAUAAAAUCAUCACAAAUGAGAGUGUUGUAGAGAUGGUACGUAAAGCUGUACUUGAGGAAAUAGAUGAGUAUGAGCUGAAGUUCGAGCCUAAAAUGACAAGAUCCAAGCUGAAAGAGAUCGAGGCUCAAGGACAGAUACCGCUGAACUGGGGGCUCUCACCGAGAAAGAAGAGGGAGUCGCCAAACUUUCUCGAGAUGGAGUUACCGGAGGAUGAGGAAGAAGACGAAGAUUUUGCCCCAACUAAUGAAUACAGUUCAACAUAG